GGAAUUGGAAAUAUGAGGUUAUGUUUAUGAGGCGAAUGGUGAUUCAAUAAUUAUGCAGUAAAAUUUAUUUUUCCAUCAUUUAGUAUUCGCAGAAUAAUAAAUAAAUAUGUCCCUAAUGCCUUUUCGACUUACUUGCCUCACCAAAAUGGCUUCAACCGCCUUUUAUUCAACCUUAACAAAACGAACGAUAGCAUAUAAAAGUGCAAUUUCUUUAGAAACUUUAUAUGCAAAUAGUUCAUUAAAAUUAACCACACCGUCAUUCACACCAGACCCCAAGGAGAAAUUCUCAGGCUUUAUUCCAAUGGAGAAGUUGGAUAUAACAUACAGUGCUAGCUCAGGUCCAGGGGGGCAAAAUGUUAAUAAGGUGCACACAAAAGUAGAUCUCAGAUUCAAAUUAAGUGAGGCAGAUUGGUUGCAUCCUGACAUCAAGGAGAAGUUACUUGAAUUGCAUGGUAAGAAGCUAUCUAAGGAAGGUUACCUGAUCAUCCGGUCAGACACGACCCGCUCGCAGCAGCUGAACCUGGCAGACUGCUUGCAGAAGCUGCGCAGCAUGAUCCGCACUGCUGCUGUCACACAGCGAGAGCCCGCUCCAGAGACACAGGAGAGGAUCCGACAGAGGUCCGACAUACAGAUUAUAUUAGACAUUCUAAAUGAUUAUUGUGGUAUUAAGAAAAUUUAUCUAAAAAGUGCAACAAACUAUUGUUAAUUUCGUAACAGUAUC